AGAUGGAGGAGAAAUAUUUGGACAUGGUGAUGGUUCCGCUGGGUCUCCUGCUGCAGGCCACCUACCACAUAUGGCUCUUCUUCACCAUAGUCCGACAUCCCAAUCGCACUGUCAUCGGCGUGAACGCCCAGGUCAAGCACCGGUGGCUCAGAGCCAUGAUGACUGACCCGCUCGGGAACGGCACUCUGGCGGUGCAAACGCUGAGGAACGACAUCAUGGCAUCCACCGCGCUGGCCACCACCGCCGUCACCCUCGCCUCCCUCAUCAGCGUCUUCGUCAGCGCCACCACCAGCACCGCCACCUCUUCCCUCGUCUACGGCAACAAGUCCUCCGUGGUGCGCUCCAUCAAGUACUUCGCCCUCUUGCUCUGCUUCAUCCUCGCCUUCCUCUGCAACGUGCAGUCCGUCCGGUACCACACGCACGCCGGCUUCCUCAUGAGCCAGCCGGUGGCAGGGCCCGUCUCGCCGGAGCACGCCGCGAGGAGCUUGGACCGAGGCAGCCUCUUCUGGUCUCUCGGCCUGAGGGCGUUCUACGUGUCCUUCACCCUCUUCCUCUGGGUUUUUGGGCCGAUACCGAUGCUGGCGAGCAGCGUGGUGAUGUGCUGCCUGCUCUUCUUCUUGGACACCACCACGGAGCUUCCUCGGGCGUUUCAUGUCUCCUCCUUCACUGUCGAAGAAGAUGUCAAAGAGGAAGUGUAACGAACGGUGGUUCUUCACGCAUGUCUUUAGUGCUAUUUGAUUCCAUCACCAUAAAUCUUCCAUCGGAA